CCCGGUAGAAGAGGUGGUAGGGGUGGGGGUGCUGGCUGUGAACUCGUGGCUGGGUGAGCAUGGACACCGUGCGCGACACGCUGGGCCGGGUGUUCGGAUUCGAGGCCUUCAGGUCCGCGCUGCAGGAGGACGCGGCCCGCGCCGUGGCGAGCGGCACCAAAGAUGUGUUCGUCUCCAUGCCGACCGGGGCGGGGAAGUCGCUGUGUUACCAGCUGCCAGCGGUCAUGGCGCCCGGGGUCUCCCUCGUCAUCUGUCCACUCAUUGCCCUCAUCCAGGACCAGCUGGAUCACCUGCACCAGCUCAAUAUCCCAGCGCGGACGCUCAACUCGAAGAUGGGAGCGCAUGAGCGACAGGCGGUGGUGGAGGACCUCCACGCCGACCCGCCGAGCCUCAAGAUGCUCUACAUCACGCCCGAGAUGGCCGCCACGCACAGCUUCGGCGCCGUCCUGGGUCGGCUGGCGUCGCGCCAGCUGCUGUCCUGCCUGGUGGUGGACGAGGCGCACUGCGUCUCCCAGUGGGGUCACGACUUCCGGCCCGACUACCUGAAGCUGGGCCGGUUGAGGUCCCUGCUGCGUGGCGUGCCCUGCGUUGCGCUGACCGCUACGGCCACAAAACAGGUACAAGAGGACAUUGUGUCUAUCCUGAGCCUGGACAAGCCGGCGAUUUUCAAAAGCUCCUGCUUUCGGCCAAACCUCUUUUACAACGUGAGCUACAAGGAGGUCAUUCAGGACCCUUACAAGGACCUUACGCAAUUCUGCCUCAAAGCCCUGGGAAAGAAGAAUGCAGCUGGGGGCUUUGAUGGCAGUGGGAUUGUCUACUCUCGCACCAGAGAAUCCUGCGACAUGUUGGCCCAUGAGCUCACCAAGAGAGGGGUAAAGACCAAGGCUUACCAUGCAGGCUUGAAGACGGACGACAGAAGCAAGGUGCAGGUUGAGUGGAUGGAGGGAGAGACGCCCGUCAUUGUGGCCACCAUCAGCUUUGGCAUGGGUGUGGACAAGGCCAAUGUCAGAUUCGUGGCCCACUGGAACAUUGCCAAGUCGAUGGCCGGGUACUACCAGGAAUCAGGGCGAGCGGGGAGGGACGGGAAGCCAGCCUUCUGCCGCCUCUACUACUGCCGUAAGGAGCGGGGCCAAGUCAGCUUCCUCAUCUCCAAAGACAUCGCUGCAAGCAAGAAAAAAAGGGAUGAUACAGGAAAGGUUUCAGAAACCGAUAAGGCAGCCAUGGCUGGAUUCGAAGCGUUGGUCAACUUUUGUGAGAAACUUGGGUGCAGGCACAAAGCGAUAGCUCAGUAUUUUGGAGACAAAAUAGCCGACUGCCGCAGCGCGUGCGACAGCUGCAAGGACUCGGCGUUGGUCGUCCAGGAUUUGGACGCGCUGCAGAAAGUGGGGUCGAGCAAAUCCUUUGGUCGAACCGCCAUCCAGCAGCCGCAGAAGGCGAGCGGCCCCUUCGGCUUCGACCGGGACCUGUACGCCGGGGGCCGGCGUGGAUACGGCUUUGAGCGAUAUGAAGAAGAUGAUGAAGGCGGCAGCAGCAGUGGCAACCAGGAGGAGGCGUUGAGGCUUAAGAAGGAGUGGAACGACUUGUAUCGGCACCAGAUCAGCCUACGCAAGAGUGAAGAUGCAGACAAUUUUUCGGCCCCAGACCCCGACUGCCCUCUCCUAGAUGCUUCCAGCAGGAAGGUAUCCAAGCUUACCGUCAAGGUGCGUGAACACUGCAUGCAGAAGUUGCUGGAGGCCCUGGAGGGUAACGAGACCUGCUGCACCCAAUCAGCUGGCGGCGCUCGCGACAGAGGGGAUGUCGAUGCCAGAAGCUAUGCCAUCGAUUUGGAAUAUGAGAUUUUCAAGGCCAGCAAAAUGUCUAACCUGUACAAGGCAAUGUGUCUCAAGAAGGUGGCGGAGAUCGGCCAGCACACGAAGGAGGCCCGUCCCCACGAGGUGUGGGCUCGAGGCCUGCUGAACGGCGCCCUGCUGGAGGAACAACGCCGCUCGUCGCUCGAGGCCUCCUCGCAGUCCUCCUCCUUCUACUCGAAAAAAACCAGUCGCACAAGCCUCGUUCAGCCUACAUUGAGCAGCCAGUCUUUCCAGAAGGCCUCCUACUUGCUCAAGCUCGCGAGUUCCCAGGGUCCCGAGAUCCCCGCUGGUUCUAAUUCGGCGAGUUCCCACGACGUGACCACCGAGUGGGAUUCGGACCCAGAGUCCGCGCCGUCCACCAACGGCACUCGUUCCGGUCGCGGUGGCAGCAAUGACGGCGCGCACGCCGCGGACCGACACCUCGCGAAGGUGAAUUUGCGUAACCUUAAACGGGAAGCUGCCGACAGCAGCGACCAGGUGAAGCAACAGCCCUCCGGCUCUGACAAGCUGUCUGUGAAGCGGCAAGCCCUCGCCCAUACCGCCAGGAAGAACUCGCAGGACAUCAAGAAAAUGUUUGAGAGGAAAGCCCCCGGUGGUGGUGGUGGUGGUGGCGAUGGCGGUGGCGAGUCAUCCGCAGAGGCCUGCGGUGCGGCUCAGGGCCAGGAGGUGCAAGUUUGCGGCGCUGCCGACGGGACCGAUGUUACGGCAAACGAUGCCGGAAGUGGUGUGGGAAUGCCGCUGGGCAGAGACGCGGAAUCUCUCACGGGUGGCACUCGAGGAAGGGAAGCACACGGGGGGAAUGGAUUAUCGUCCUCUGCAACUACUGCCAAGGUUGACGGCGGUGGCGUAACAGCUCUUCUGGGAGAAGAACCGAGCUGUGCGGUGGUGGCCUCAAGUAAAGAAAUGGCGCUCCCGGGGCGGCACACCACACAGCGUCUCAAGCGCCUUCGCUUCAAGGACGAGGAAGGCCAAAGCCCCACGUGCAGGAAAGUCGCCAAAGUGUCUGCAGCGGAGGUGCACGUCGGGACUCGGGGUGACGCGGAACCCAGCGGUCACUCGGAACCCAGCGGUCGCUCGGAACCUAGCCACAGCGUCAUCGCCAUCAGCAACAAAACGGGAGGGGCGAAGGGCGGCGGCGUCAAGCUGAAGGUGGCCGCCGACCUGGUGGUGAAGCUGCUAACGCCCUUCUUCAGGGAAGGGAAAUUUGCGUCAAAGGACCUGUUCAAGGGCUUUGCGCGGCACCUGUCGAACAAGCUGACGCAGGACAACUCUGUGACGCCUCUAAACGUGAAAGAAAAAGCCAAGGAUAAAAUUGGGAUCUUCUUUAAAAAGCAAAAGAAGUGCGACAAGGAAGACGACUGGAAACUGCUGUGAGGACUACCUUCUCCUCGCAGUCUUCAUCUCCUGUCUGCAAGGGAAGAGCGGCACCUCCAGAUUGUGUUCAUUACGCCGAAGCUGCUGUUGGACGAUGACCCGACAAAUGAUUUUGUUUGUAAAUACUGUACAGAACUUAAAUUCGUUUUCUUUGCCUUGGACUGUACAGUAAAACCUUGGAUUGCGAGUAACUUGGUCUGCGAGUGUUUUGCAAGACGAGCAAAAAUUUUAAAUAAAUAUUAACUUUUGAUUUAAAGCUUUCGUGACUGCAGUAAUUCAUAUU